AUGCAAACAUUUUCAAAUAUUAAUUUAGUAAAACCAAGUAGAGAUUGGAGAGUUGAAAAAGGAGAUAUUGAUGAAAACAAUAGUGGAUCAAUAAAUAAUAGACCAUUAUCACCAACAUUAUUUUCAAGUAACAGUAGUAAUAAUAAUAAUAAUAAUACUACCAAUAAUUAUAUAGCGGUUAAUGGAAAUCUAGUUUUAGGAGUGAAUGGUGUUGGUGUUGGCGAACAGGCACAAAGUUUAGAUAUAGCAGUCGAGAAUCCAGAAGAAUGUAUACUUUGGUACUAUAAUUAUUUCCUUGGUAAAAGUCAUCAAAACUAUUUAGGUACAUUAGAUAAUGGUGAUGUAUUUGGAGCAUCCAUUAAAAAGGAAGAAUAUGCAAUCGAAGGUGAAUACUCUUACAAAACCAUCAUUUGGACAUUGGAGGGUAUUGAACGUCAAUGGUUCCAAUUAAAAAAACACGCCUCCACCACACCAACUGAUAUCAUCAAAAAAGCAUUACCCCGUUUACAAAUUAAAAAAAUUAAAGAAAUUGAUUCACCUGAUCUUUUAAAAGAUUUCAAAGAUUUAGAACAAACUCAAACUGAAAUUAAUUAUAAAUUUGGUUUAUUAUUAGCACGUCCAAAUCAAUCAUCUGAAGAUGAUUUUUAUAAUAAUGUUGAACAUUCACCAAAAUGGACAGAAUUUUUAAAUUUAUUAGGUGAUACGGUUGUAUUAAAUUCAUUUAAAGGAUAUAGAGGCGGAUUAGAUGUUAAUAAUAAUACAACGGGAACACAUUCAUUGUAUACUAGUUUAAAAGGUUAUGAGGUCAUGUUUCAUGUUUCAACCAUGUUACCUCAUUCAAAAGCAGAUUCACAACAAAUUGAACGUAAAAGACAUCUUGGUAAUGAUAUCGUUAUCAUUAUCUUUUAUGAUUGUGAUCCUUCUGACCCAAUCAUACCAUGGGAUCCAUCAACUGUUAAUUCAAAUUUUAAUCACAUUUUUGCAGUUGUUAGACCAGCUGAUGAAAAUAAUUACCAUGUUGAAAUUGUAAUUAAACAUGGUAUUGCUAAAUUUGGACCAGUUUUACCAACUCAUUCGAUUUUUCCAAAAAAUUCUACUUUUAAAGAAUUUUUAAUUACUAAAUUGGUAAAUGCACAAAGAGCAGCACUUAAUUCAGCACCAUCAUUUGCAACAAAAUUAAAGAGAACAUUUAAGGAUCAAUUAGAGAGUAUUUAUAAAAAGCAUUCAUCAUCAUCAUCUUCAUUAUCAUUUGUACCAAAAAGAAGAUCAUCAUCAGUUUCAAAUAUUAAUAAAGGUCGUGAAUUAAAAGUUAAAGAUCCAAAAUAUGGUUCUGGUUUCUUUAAAUUACUUUCAAAAGAUUCAAAUAAAACUCAAGUAUUUGAUACAGAAAUUUUAUUUUCAAAAUCAUUAAAUGAAAAAAUCAAUUGUUUAGAUGUUGUUGAAUCUGAUGAAAAUAAUUCAACAUUAAUUGUAGCAACAGAGGAGAGUAUUUAUUUAUUGAAAUCAAAUAUGAUUACUGGUGAACAAUUAUUUCAAAAGAUUAUAGUGAUGAAAGAUGUCAUUAGAUUAACAUUGGUUAAACCAUUGAAAAUCUUAUUGGUAUUAACUGGUAAAGGUUUAUGUUUCUUUGAAAUGGAUACAAUUUUUCAACAAUUUAAUAAUCUUUCAACAAAUAGUACAAUACCAUCAUCUUAUGCAAUACCAAUUCCUACAACUCCAACCACUUCAAACAAUAAUGGUGGUAGUGGUUUCUUUAGUUCAAAUAAUUUAAGUAAUGGACAUACAUCAUUAAGAUGGUCAAAAUCUGGUAUUAUAGCGGCUGGUUUAAUAAAUAAUAAUAAUAAUAGUAAUAGUAUUAAUAGUAUAAAUAGUAAUAAUAAUAAUAAUAUAAAUAAUAGUAGUAUAAAUAAUAAUAAUGGUGGUAAUACUAAUAUAUUAGCACCAUCUGUAUUUUUAAGUGUAAAUAAUAAUAAUAAUAAUAGCGGUAAUAAUAUUUUUAAUAAUAAUAAUAAUAAUAAUAAUAAUGGCGGAUUAAAUAAUAGUAGUGAAAAUAUUUUAACAGUAAUUGGAGAGGAUUCAAUUAAAGUUAAAAAGAUAGUUGGUACAAAAGGUUGUACGGUUUAUGGAUAUACAAAAGGUGAUAAUGAAGGUCAAGAAGAGGAUAUAACAUUGUUGUAUGUUGGUUUAAAGAAAACUUUGUUACUCUAUGAAUGGAAUAAAGGUGAAUUUGUAAAAUCUAGAGAACUACCAUUGAUGGAUAAUAUAAAGACAUUGUGUGCCAUUGCACCGGGUAUGAUUUGUGUUGGCAUUCAAAAGGAAUUUCUAUUGAUUGAUAUCUUUACUCAAACCAUUAAAGAACUUUACAAGAAAUCAGAUUCAGAACCUGUCAAAGCUUUAUCAUUGGAUAAUGAAAUUUUGUUGUGUUUUAAUAAUAUUGGUAUCUUUGUAGAUGAAUCUGGUAAUAAAACAAGACAAUUCGAAUUGAAAUGGGGUUCAACUCCAUCUUCUUUAGCUUUAGUACCAUCUUAUGUUUUAGGUAUCUCUGGUCCAUUAAUUGAAGUUAGAACUUUAUUAAAUGGUAAUAUCAUUCAAUCCUUACCAGCAAAUAUCUCUUUAUCAAAUGAUGAUUGCAAUUUAGAUAAUCAUUAUCAUCAUCAUGAAAUUAUAAAUAAUUGUAGUGCUAUUAAUAUUGUAAAUAAUCAAUUAUCAGAUAAUAUUGAAAAUAUUAAUAAUUUAAAUAUAAAUAAUAAUAAUGGUAAUAAUAAUUAUAAUAAUAAUGGUAAUAAUAGUAAUGGUGGCAACAACAAUAAUAAUAAUAAUAAUAAUAACGGUUGUAAUAAUUCAUUAAUUAAUUUAGAUCAAGAAACAAAUAAUUUAAUGUCAGAAAAUAGUAACAAUGGCGCAGAAAAUGUUUACUCAUUUUCAACAUUUAAUGAUAUUGCUCACGUGGAUAAUGGAAAUAUUUAUGUUGCUUCCUCUUCAAAAGGUUUAUCUUGUAUUUUACGUAUUAAACAAAAUAUUCAAUUGAAUGUAUUGCCAUCACCAUCUUCUUCACCUUUAAAACCAAGUUUACUCUUGCCACCUUCUCCUUUAUAA